AUGGCUGCUUUCGCCGUAAACAUGCUGCUCGCCGCGAGCUCGGUCAAUAGCAAAAUUCCAUUCUCGAUGGAGACAAUUCUGCGUAUCGGCACAAUUGCGAUAUGCAUCUACGAUUACGUUCGUACCAUCCCAGCGGAGUACAAAUUUUGGAAGGACAGAGGUCCACAGAUACGCCCCAACCUCGUCUUGUUCGUCCUUAUCAGAUACAUCAGCAUGGCUAUGGUUGUAGUCAGCAACGUUGGCUAUUUCUCGCUUUCCUUUACCCCAGAAUCAUGUCGGAGGUAUUAUAUGGUUGCUGUCGUAUUAAAAGGUCUUUCUUCCUCUCAAGUCGCGAACACAGUGGCUGAUAUCCUGAUAGUCUUACAGGCGUCCGUGUGCCAGGUCGUCCUUGGACUUCGAGCGUACAGUAUCUCGAGGCGUUCGGAACGCGUGAAGAUCUUUCUUAUCGUUUUCACGUUGAUAAUUACCAUCCUGGAGUGGUUCACUAACCUGUUUGGGAGAGUCAUGAUCCAGAGGAAUGGCAACUGCACUUCUGGGAAUGACCCGACAAAAUUAGUGAACUGGACGUUCUACAUCUGGGCAAUGGCAUACGACAUUGUGACGCUUGGCCUCUCGACCUAUUAUUUGAUCAAGGCUGGUGGGGCCGGCGUGUCUUCUAUGACGGGCCUGGUGAAGGCGAUGGUCAUGGACGGGCUGGGUUAUAUUGUUAUUCUCACCAUUACGAAUACACUCAACCUCAUCCUAUAUCGCGCAUCGCAGCUUGAUGCUCAAGCUGCUGCGGCCAGUCUAGGAUUCGCUUUCACCUGGAUUAUGACACAGAAUAUCCUCAUCAAAACCCGGGACGCGGGGAUGCGCUCAUUCAAGUCCCUACAGCCGUCCAGUGGGCGAAAUCCGUAUAGCAGCAGGUCGGACGACCAGACUAACAUGCCGGUUACGACGCGAGGCAUCGAGCUUGAAGUUCAGGUCAAGAUUGACCGCGACCAUACAAUGGACUCAGAGCGAGGGGUUAAGUGGGAUAUGGAGGAAGCCGACCUCAAGUCGGAUUUGGAGAACCGUUUUACCAAGUCUGCUUGAUCCGUCAUCUUGCGUUCUUUCUUUAUUCUUUCUGUUUUACGUGGAUUUCUAAAUUACUAAUUUUCGUCAUUCAUACUGUACGGUAUUGCUAGACAAGGCGUCAAUAGUAAAUCAACUUUCCUUUCUUUUGUAUGAUCAACAUUCCCGAGCUCAAUAAGAAUUGAUUUAUCGGCGACUCGGCCCGGC